AUGUACCCAGUAGAAAAUGAGACCAGCACAGUUAUAGCGGCCGAUAUAGAAGAGCUGUCUCCAAUAGCUGAAUUUGAAGAAAGUGAUGAUGACUCCUUCAAUACCAGUCUGAUAAAUAGCAUCAUUAAUGAACUGAAUGUGGAGUCACCUAAUGUGGAACCAGCACCAUCCUCACUAGCCGAGGAGCAACCAAUCCCCAAUCCGCCAGACCUGGAGCAACCAAUCCCCGAGCAGCCAGACCUGGAGCUACCAAUCCCCAAGCAGCCAGACCUGGAGCAACCAGUUCCCAAGCAGCCAGACCUGUCACCUACAGUGGAACCAGCACCGUCCUCACUAGCCCAGGAGCAACCAAUCAGCAAUCCGCCAGACCUGGAGCAACCAAUCCCCAAGCAGUCAAAUCUUUUCAAUGCCUUUUUUUACCAAAAGAUCGAAGGUAAACGUAAUACAACAGGAGCCAUACCAGAACUAACAGUAAAAUCUGAUGGUCAGAGAAACAGACGGUCACAUCCAGUACAAGUCUCAUUUUAA